AUGGAUGCUGCUGCUACAGAUACUAUCAUCGUAACUUCUAGCAAGAUUGAUGUGACAGCUCCGGAGGUGGUCACUAAACUUCAAGAUGCGAUAGUGCAACAUAUAUUGAUUGACAGGUUUCAUGUCGUAAUCGACAAUCCUGUGGAGAUUAUUAUACUGAGAAACUUGAAGAGAUUACUGAUCGUAUCACCAACAGAUGAGAUUUCCACCGGUAUAAUGCAGCUGUAUAGAGCUUCUCAGAAUGGGAAGAGCCUGUUCCUUGAUUUGAGGCUUGCAUACUCUUUAACUAGUGGGAAUGCUAUAAUGAAAGAGAAACAAUAUUUGGAGUUGCCUAAAUCUCAGAAACUGUUUUUGAUAUCUCCCCCCUCUUCACCUCCUCCAGAAUUCGAUUACUCCAAAUGUGAAGAUCACCCAAGCAAAGUCACUUUCCAUGAGGACCAUGAAGUGGCACAUACUGAACAUAAGAAUAACGAAACAACGUUACCAAGAAAAAACGUCAUGUUGCUUGAAUCAAAGGUGGGUAGUAUAUCAAUCAAUACUUGCGGUGAUAUUUCGGAGCAAGAUGGUCAAUCGCUUUCUGAGAACUACGUUCCGACUUCGAUGCCACCAAAGUCUAUAUUUGAUGAUGAUGACUAG